GAUUACCGUGUGACGACAAGAAAAAGGGUGAUACAUAGCAUGACAGCAAUCCCAUGCCGUCCAACACCCUCCCUCAUACUAUCACGAAUCUAACAUCCAGCACCGAUCAACCGAGCACGACUGCCUCGACGGCCUCGCUACAGCGCCAACAGCAGCAGCAGCAGCAGCAACAGCAACAGCGACACCACCAUCGAAUCGACGAAGAAGCCGACUUUGCGAUUGCCUCGUCGACCUCGACUUUUGCUAUCGCAGAGGAAGAGUUUGAGAGUGAAUGCGACCGAGAGCGUUUGAAUAAGAACUGGCGCGAGAGGUUUAGGGAUACAAUGUCGGAUAACCAGGUUGUGGUGAAUACUUUUAUUGCUGGUGGUUUAGCUGGAGCGACGAGUAGGACGGUAGUCAGUCCAUUAGAGCGAUUGAAGAUCAUUCUUCAAGUCCAGGCUGCCCAGUCGGCCACCGGUGUCCCAGGACAAUCGUAUACCGGAGUAUGGGACAGUCUCGGCCGUAUGUGGAAGAAUGAGGGGUGGAGAGGGUUCAUGAAGGGAAACGGUAUCAACGUUGUCAGAAUUCUCCCCUACUCUGCCUUACAGUUCACAUCCUACGGCGCCUUCAAAUCCCUCCUCUCUACCUACUCUGGCCAAGAGGACCUGUCCACGCCUCUCCGCCUAUCAGCAGGCGCAGGCGCAGGCAUGGUCGCCGUCAUCGCCACCUACCCCCUCGAUCUCGUCCGCGCAAGACUGUCGAUUGCGACCGCCAACGUUGCGGCGCACAAGCCUGGAUCGGCAUUCACGGCAGCGGAUGCGAAACUUGGGAUGGUCGGCAUGACGAAGAAGGUGUAUGCUACGGAAGGAGGGGUGAGGGGAUUGUAUAGAGGAUGUUGGGCGACGGCACUGGGCGUUUCGCCUUAUGUGUCGCUCAACUUUUAUCUGUAUGAACAUGCCAAGACGGUAUUCCUCGCGGCCGAAAAGGUGGAGAACAAGUCGGAAACGGAGCUGGCCCUGCGCAAGCUCUUCUGUGGCGCGCUGAGUGGGGGAGGGAGCUUGAUCUUUACGCAUCCGUUUGAUGUUUUGAGGCGUAAGCUCCAGGUCGCGGGGAUGAGCUCCAUGGGGCCAGAGUACAAGGGCGCAAUUGAUUGUAUGAGACAUAUCAUCAAGACGGAGGGGUUCUGGAAGGGGAUGUAGUGAGUCUGAACCCCGGGUCUUACUUGUGCUGCGCUGACGUCGUGCAGCCGUGGAUUGACCCCGAACCUGAUCAAGGUCACUCCGUCAAUAGCAGUUUCAUUCUAUACGUUUGAGACUGUGAGAGAUUUGCUGGCGGCCGUUUGAGGGUGGGUUUCUUGAGAAGGACUUUACGACAUACAAGUACACUUAUAUUUCAAAGACUAAUACAUUAGAGUACUGAUUCGAUAGCAUAUGCAUAUGGCUUAUAUUG